AUGUCAGGGUCUCGUAGAAAGGUCUUGCUCAAAGUCAUCAUCCUUGGAGAUAGCGGUGUCGGAAAGACGUCGCUCAUGAACCAGUAUGUCAACAGCAAAUUCAGCACUCAAUACAAGGCAACUAUUGGUGCUGAUUUUUUAACAAAAGAGGUUAUGGUCGAGGAAAGAUCGGUUACAAUGCAGAUUUGGGAUACUGCUGGACAGGAACGAUUUCAGAGUCUUGGAGUGGCAUUUUACAGAGGCGCCGACUGUUGUGCACUCGUGUACGACGUCAACAAUGUUAAAAGUUUUGAUAAUCUGGAUAGUUGGAGAGACGAGUUUCUGCUUCAGGCAAAUCCUAGAGAUCCGGAAAAUUUCCCUUUUGUAGUCAUUGGCAACAAAGUAGACGUUGAGGACUCGAAGCGACAGGUGACCCAAAAGCGUGCCAUGACAUGGUGCCAGCAAAAAGGAAACAUUCCUUAUUUUGAAACCAGUGCAAAGGAGGGUAUUAAUGUAGAGCAAGCAUUUCACACCAUUGCAAAGAAUUCCUUGAAGCAAGAGGCAGAUAUUGAGCUAUACAGCAGUGAUUUUCCAGAUCCAAUCAAGAUUGACGGGGACGUAACACCCAAGAAUGCAGGCUGCGAAUGCUGAUUAGGCAUGCUUUACAAAUGGGUUGGCCAGAGUGUUUG